CUCCGACGUGAAUGUAUGUACAUACGUACACGUGUCGCGCUUCAAACGCAGAAGGUGCAAACGAACCGGACGAACCGUCCAGUGAAAGACGUCGACCGGACGGUAGCGCCAACCGUGUUAUCAGCCGAACUUACGGGGAAGAAGCGUGGCGCCGUGUGUGGUGUGUCGUGUCGCGUCCGUACUCGAACCUCAAAAGACAGCCGUAGUUCCAACAAGCAAGCCGAUUCAAAUACCGAUAUUCCGACAAGAGACUUGCAAUCCGCGAGCCAGAGGAUGGACGGUCAUCGGGCGUCGCGGCUCCUAGCGUUUACGGCGUCGGUGAGCCUGCUCCUGGCCACGUACACGCCGGGCCACGUAGCCGGCUCGGGAGUGCUGCAGAUACGUGGUAUACCGGUGGCGAAGAACCCGUUGUACCGGCCAGAUCGCGACUUCGAGUGCCUGGACGGCAGCCGAUUGAUACCGUUUACCGGGGUGAAUGACGAUUACUGCGACUGCGGAGAUGGUAGCGACGAGCCCGGGACGGCUGCGUGCGCUAACGGUUUCUUUUACUGCGAGAACACCGGGCAUAAACCUGCCUACAUACCGUCGUCCUGGGUAAACGAUGGCGUGUGCGACUGUUGCGACACGAGCGACGAGUACGCGACCAGGGUAGAAUGCAUCAAUAAUUGUAACGAGCUGGGACGGGAGGCUCGUUUGGAACAGCAGAAGGCGGAGCAAUUGGCGCGGGAAGGUAACAAGCUGCGUCUGGAGUUGGUGGCCAGAGGUAAGACCAUCAAGACGGAGCAUCAAUCGCGUCUGGCCAAGCUGAGAACAGACUAUACAGAGGCAGAGUUGAUCAAAAAGGAAAAGGAGAUUAUAAAGAAACAGGCAGAAGAGCUGGAGAGUCUGGCAUUGGAGAAGUACAAGCCUAUCGAAACAGAGCAAUCGACAACUGAGGAGACUGUUGGAGAGGAUGAAGAGGACUCUAGAGUUAACGAAGCAGAAGAUUAUUUCAAGUUAUUAGAUUCAGAUUCCAGCGAUACGAUAACGAUAGCAGAGCUACAAACCAGGGUAACGUUUGACAAGAAUAGAGACGGUGUUGUGUCAGAGGAAGAGGCACUAUAUUUCCUUGGUGAUAAAAAGGAGAUCUCUUGGCAAGAGUUCGUAGAUAUCGCGUGGGCAAACAUCAAGCCUUUCUUGAUGUUGGAACAAGGUAUGUUCAAAGCAGCAACGGAUAAGGAAGAGGUCGACGAGCAGGAGCCUGCUGAAGACUUGGACCAUGAGAAAGAAGGAGAAGUAAUUGAUGGAGAGGAAGAGGAGGUUCCUGAAGAGGAACACGAAAAGGAACCAUCGGAACCAGAAAUUCAAUAUGACGAGGAGACACAAGCGCUUGUUGAUGAGGCUACUAAUGCUCGAGAGCGUUUCCAAGAGGCGGAGAAGGCUAUCAGCGAAUUACAGUCAGAGAUCAGACAGCUGGAGGAGAAGAUGGACCGUGAUUACGGACCUGAAGAAGUGUUCGUUUCGCUCGAUGGCGAAUGCUUCGAGUACACGGACUUGGAGUACAUUUACAAACUGUGUCUAUAUGCUAUGGCGACCCAGAGGUCCAAAUCCGGUGGUAGCAGCGUCAAUCUAGGCCACUGGAGCGAAUGGGUCGGACCGCCCGGUGCCAAAUACACUAAGAUGAAGUACGAUCGCGGCCUCACUUGCUGGAACGGCCCAGCGCGUUCCACAAUUGUUACCCUAUCAUGUGGAAUAGAGAACAAGCUUUUAUCGGUGACGGAACCUAGUCGCUGCGAGUACGCCAUGGAGUUCUCCACGCCGGCGCUCUGUAACCCCAGUGUGACAGAGACCGACAGGCAUGAUGAACUGUAAACUCACUUGAUCCAUUAGUAAAAUAAAAGCGCGAUUGGUCGCACACGCAAUGUGAAUGUCAAGCACUUACGCUCUUUCGGCUGCGAAGGCCGAGCAUCGAGUUGCAAGGAUCGAUAUGAAAAAUAACAUUAAAGUAAAAAAAAAAAACAUUUUUCGCAAGUAUUUCCAACGUAAUCGCGAUUAGUAACGUAGCUAGCAAUCUUUAUUUCUGUCCUUAAGCUGGGAUAUCGUUUUGUUCUUUUUUUUCUGUUUUUGGAGUAGCUAGCCGUUAUUACCGUAAGCACUUAGGCGAUGGAGACUCGCAGAGGUUCCUAGACGGGCUAGACGCUAUCGCUCGCCGUAUCUUUAUGUAUCAACUUUGUACUCUCAAAGACAAAAUAAGAUCGUUAUUAUGGAUAAAAUAUGUUAUCAACAGAGCCUAGUCAUGUGUCAGUUCCGCCGAAAAAACGAUUGCUCUCACGUUAACAAAUCGUGGUUCGAAAUCGUUGUAUCUCAUUGAUAUGCUACAUACUUUACUAAUUUCUACAGACUAAUUCGCAUAUCAUCGGUCUGCGAUAUAUAUUAAUAAGAGAAAAAAGAGAGCGAAUAGAGUUUCUUGAUUAAUCUAAUAAUAAUGCGAUACGUGGAUACGUUCCAUUUAAACUGGAUAUAUAAAGUUCAAUAAGUUUAGUAAUUUGAAACAAGAAUGAUAAAUGCAUGAUAAAGAUGUAUGAUAUAAAUGUAUUAAGAUUCCCGCUAAAAUGUGCCACUACGCAAAUUACAACGAUUACGAUCGCGAUCGAUAAUUCGUCCUUGCAUCUGAGAAGUCUUUACGUAGUAUUGAAUGAAGUUCACUAGUGAUAAAGUCCGAAGAGUAAUUAUCCUGAAUCUUGUCCCAUUUUGUGAAACUGCAAAGAGACCAUUGUUACGCGUUAAUUCAUUGCCAACCUGUUAAAAAAAUCGCUGUUACAUUCCUCUUUUUGUACACGAAGCGUUUCUAUGUGAUCUCGUCGUGGUUGACGUAAAAAAUCUGAAUGAAGCGUACUAUGUAUCACUGUAGUACAUAUAAGGGAAAAGAAAAUACUUUUCCGGGAUUCGAUUAGCCAGACUAAGUCCUAAUAUUCUGCAUUAUACACUCAAGUUGGUGAUUUUGUAUUUUUUUAAGGACGCGCCACGCGCGCGGCGACGGCGUGAUAUGUGGGAUGUGCAUAUAAUAAAGAGAGAAAGGAAUUUUGUUGUCGAAUCGUAA